AUGAGUUGCAACGGAUGUAGGGUCCUGCGGAAGGGAUGCAGCGAGAGCUGCGUGUUGCGCCAUUGCCUGGGGGGGAUCGAGGGCGCGGAGGCGCAGGGCCAUGCGACGCUCUUCCUCGCCAAGUUCUUCGGCCGCGCGGGCCUCAUGGGCUUUGUCACGGCCGUUGAUGAAAGUCAACGCCCAGCGCUAUUCCAGUCGCUGCUGUUCGAGGCGUGCGGGCGAACCAUCAACCCGGUCUUCGGCUGCGCGGGGCUGCUCUGGACGGGCCAAUGGCACCUCUGCGAAUCCGCCGUCGAUACCGUCCUUCGCGGCGGCUCCAUCCACCCCAACGCCAACGCCAACGCCAACGCCACCGCCACCGCCGGCGCCGGCGCCGGCGCCAAUCCCGGCGCGACUGGAAGCGUCACACCCGGCGCUGCGGCAGCGCCUCCGCAGUCGUCCGCGCUGCCCUCCGCGGGAGUGACGCUGCCUUCGUCUGGGUCCGUCGUUAUGGUCCCCACGCCCGCGUCCGCGCCCGCCACGUCCGGAACGACCUCCGGAACCACCGCCGUCGCCGGCGCAGGCGCGUCCUCCCCUCCGCUCCCCGUCGCUGGCGCUGCCGGGAUGGCAAACCACCGCCUUGGGAUCUCCGCGUCGCCGCUUCCGGCGCUUCCGGGCGCGACGGCGGCGUCGGCGGGAUCGUCGAUGGUGCCGUUCGGAAUGCACCCCAGCCACGUCCAGCAAUUGCAGCAGCAGCAACAGCAACAGCAACAACAGCAGCAGCAACAGCAGCAACAACAGCAGCAGCAGAUGAUGCAUCUACAGCACAUGUACGCGGCUCAAUCUAUGUACCAACCGGCAAGCGCGGCCAUGUACCAGCAGACCAUGGGGAACGUCGCCAUGGGGUCGGCGGCAGCGGCAACGGCGGCCGCCAUGGAUAUGAUGCAGCCCGCCGCCGCCAUGGCGUACUGGCCUUCCGCCGCGCCGGGCCCGCCGCCGUUUCCGGGACUUGCCGCCCCGCCCGGAGCCACGGCGCCCGGAUUGGCCCCCGGGAUGAUCGGAGCUGCGGUCGCGCCGCCUGCGCCGGGGAUGAUGCACGGGAUGACGAUGGCCGGGAUGCAGCCAGUGGUGUGCGGCCAGGUGGCAGGUAUGGGUCAGUCUCCGUACAUGGCGGCGGGCCAGCCGGGGGGUUCUGCUGCUGAGGCGGCGGCGGCGGCUGCCGCGGCGUAUCAACGGGCGCUGUACCAGCAGCAUUACGCGCAGCCCGCGCAUGCGCAUGCCGCGGCGCAAUCGGCGCAACAGCAGCAACACCAACAGCAGCAGAGUCAGCAGCAAGAUGCUAACGCACAGCAAUCUCAGGACCAACAGCAGCAUCAGCAGUCGGAACAAGCGCAAGCGCAGGAGCAAGAGCAAGCCAACUGCGCGGGAGUAUCCCCUGCGCUCGGCGCGCGUGCUUUCUGUCCCCCGACCACCACCGCCGCGGAUCCCCGCUCCGCCGGGUCGUGCGCGGGAGCGCGACUCACGAGCAGAGGCGCAGCCGCCCCGGGUGGCGGCGGACCAGGUGGCGCGGGGCUCUCCGCCAAGUCCCCCGCGCACAUGGGGUUCGGCGGAGGCGCCUGGGCGGCAAGUUACGGCGGAAUAGGCGCGGGCGCGGGGGGCGGAGGCGGCGCAGCGAUGCUCAACGGCCCGACUCCAGUGGGGGGCAUGUGGGAGGCGGCCGGGGGAAGCAGCGCGUUUGCAAUCCCCAUCCCCGCGGCGUUCCAACCGCAGCCGUUCGCGAAAGCGGGCCUGCUCGCCCCGCCGCGCCUGUCCGGAUCGACGGUGUGCCAGGCGCAGAGCCCGUCGGGGUGCCUGUCGCCCGUCACGAGCGGAACGAGCGGGACGAAGACGAGUCGCAGCCCUGAGGAGACGAGCCCCUGCGGCAGCCCGCCGCUGGUUGCACCGGUUGCGCGGCGGCCGAAGCUGGUGCACUCGCCGAUUUCCGCGGCUGCGAGAUUUGUGCCGCGCGCAGCGGGAGUUUCCCUCCCCCGCACGGAUUUUGCGCCGGGAGUGGGACUGGGAGGUGAGUGGGUAUCCAUGGGCUCUCCAAGUGCUGCAGAUGGGGGGACAGGAAAGUCCGGCGCGAUGGACGAUCGCACCAAGGGACUGGUGCUGGCGGUGACGUCGAGCGUGUUCAUCGGCGGCAGCUUCAUCGUGAAGAAGAAGGCCCUCCGCAUGUCCGCCGUCUCGGGUAUCAGAGCCGGCAUGGGAGGCCAUUCAUAUCUAAAGGAGCCACUGUGGUGGGUCGGAAUGAUAUCCAUGGUGUUGGGAGAGUUUGCCAACUUUGCAGCAUAUGCCUUUGCACCAGCCAUCCUCGUCACACCACUGGGUGCUCUCAGCAUCAUCAUCAGCGCCAUACUAGCGCACAUGCUGCUGGAUGAGAAGCUGCACGUGCUGGGGUGGCUGGGAGCAACGCUGUGUGUGGUGGGGUCUAUAUCCAUCGUGCUGCACGCGCCCCAGGAGAAGGACAUUGACAACGUCAAGCAGCUCUGGGCGCUCGCCACUGAGCCAGCGUUUGUGAGCUACUCAGUGACGGCGUUGGCGCUGAGUGUGUUUCUCAUCUUUGUGUUGGCGCCACGCUACGGCGCCACCAACGUCCUCGUGUACCUCGCCAUCUGCUCGCUGCUCGGCUCCAUCUCCGUGGCGAGCUGCAAGGCCCUAGGGAUUGCAGUGAAGCUGACGCUGUACGGAGACAAUCAGCUCUUCUACCCUGAAACCGCCUUCUUUGCCCUCGCCCUCGCCGCCUGCGCUGUCACGCAGAUCAACUACCUCAACAAGUCCCUAGACACAUUCAACACGGCAGUGGUAACGCCCAUAUACUACGUCAUGUUCACCACGCUCACCAUAGUGGCUUCGGUGAUAAUGUACAAGGACUGGGCGGGGCAGACAGCAGAGCAGGUGCUGAUGGAGGUGUGUGGCUUCCUCACCAUCCUCAUCGGCACCUACCUGCUCCACGCCACCAAGGACUUCGCGGGCGACUCCUCGCGCCUGCACCUCUUCGACCCCUCUGCUCGAGUCAUGCCGGCCAAGAACCCGACAGCUCUCAAGGGGCACAUAGGGUUGGGCACCAUGCCUUCAGGGGGCUCCAAGGAUGAUAAGGACGACCUUGACCCCGAGGCCAAACCACUGCUGUGA